AUGAACUCUCCGCACCCCACAUGGAUGGAGGUUUUCCCAUUCCCUAAGAUGCGAGACAAUCUUAUCCGGCGUCAAUCUUCGUUCGAUCAUCAGAGCUUCUUUGUGGACAUUGUCGGUACAUCAUCUAAUGUAGAACCCGCACGCGUGGAUUCUAGCCUCGAGAUCAUAAUGCCCAUAUCGAGCCUGUGGAGGGAGCACAACAGCGCAACCAUCUUCUUCGACAACGGUCUCAUUCUCUGGGGUGAGCCUCAUUUGAUGGAGAGCUGGGAGGUGACACCGCAGCUUUACGCCAAGUGGAGAUGGGUAUUUCAGGACUGCAGUGAGAUCGUUGAAGCGUCAAACAUGUGGCGACUCCCUAGCCGAAGCACAAUGCUUUGCAAUACUCGUGAUUAUGCUGUUAUUUAA